CAACCGAGAGGCAGUCAAUAGGCAGCAGGGACAGCUGAGCGUGGGCACGGUAGGGGAGGCAGUGAUAAUGUGUGUUUGCCGAUGACUGCCCCACGUCGAGCCUUUUGUGCAGGAAAAGCUAAGACCCUUUGUGUAAUUCGGCAAAACGAAUUUCUAAGGUGAUAAUGGUGCAUUCGACGAGAAAGCAUCAGCUGGCGGCGCCCGGGCGUCCGGGUCGCAUGCGAGCCGUGCUGGGCUUCAGCUGCUCUGACUUUAGCUCCUGGCAGGCGUUUGUUCGUCUCAUGAAUCGACCGACAGACCCGGCCAGCCUCGCGAUGAUCCGCGUGUUUUACGGGCUGCUGAUGUUCCUUGAUGUGGUCCAGGAACGUGGUUUAUCGACGGCCAAUGCAAAAUGGGGAAACCCGGAUGAAUGCCGCUUUCCAUUGUUCAAUUUCCUUCAGCCACUGGCGCUAGAAUGGAUGUACAUGCUUUACCUAUGCAUGUGGAUAUCAACGCUCCUCAUUGCUGGGGGCCUGUGGUAUCGUGCAAGCUGCCUAGCGUAUUGCGUCUGCUACUGGUACCUGUUCUUGCUUGACAAAACGUCUUGGAACAACCACUCUUACCUGUAUGGUCUGAUUUCUAUUCUACUGCUGAUCACAGAUGCAAAUAGAUAUUGGUCACUGGAUGGCUGCAGAAACCCAUCGAUACAGAAUUCUCAUGUGCCACUGUGGAACUACACACUACUUAGAUCGCAGAUAUUCCUUGUAUACUUUAUUGCUGGAUUGAAGAAAACAGAUGCGGAGUGGCUUGGCGGUCAUUCAAUGGUCAGUCUCUCUGAACACUGGACCUUUGCUCCUUUCCGGCUGAUGUUAACGGAGGCACAGACAGACUACUUCAUUGUGCAUCUGGGCGGAUUCCUCCUCGAUCUGACCAUAGGCUUCUUCUUGUUCAUCGACGUCUCACGGCCAUAUGCUGUCUUCUUCUGCACCUCAUUCCACCUCAUGAAUGCACAGAUCUUCCAGAUAGGCAUGUUCCCGUGGGUGAUGAUUUUCACUCAGGCAAUCUUCUUCAGCAAUGACUGGCCAAGACGGUGGAUCAACCGGCUGCCAAACUGGCUGGAGCAGGUACUGCCUUCAGACACGCCUCCCCAACCCAGCCCACACUGCCUGUAUAGCAAGGAAGAGGUGAAACCUGAAGACCCCACACCCAGCUCUAAUACUCAUCACAAGAAGAGAAAGUUCAGGUCUUCUUCUGUGGGAGACACAAAGGCAAGCGGUGAUGCAAAGAUGGUUACUGAUGUUGCUAUGGUGAUGCGAGACAAACCGUCCAGUCUCCACCAGUUGGCAGCACUGGGGACAGUAAUGUACCUUCUGUCACAGUGCUUCUUGCCUUACUCCCAUUUCACGACAAAGGGCUACAACAACUGGACGAACGGGCUGUAUGGGUACUCCUGGGACAUGAUGGUUCAUUCGUGGUCGACACAGCACAUCAAGAUCAGCUUCGUCAACAAGGACACGGGUGAAGAAGGUUACCUCGAUCCUAACGCUUGGACAAGCUCCAACAGGUGGCAAUGGCACGCGGACAUGAUAAAGCAAUACGCGCAGUGCAUCAACCGCCGACUGCGCAAGUACAACAUCACCAACCUUGCUCUCUAUUUCGAUGUGUGGCGGUCCCUUAAUGGGCGCUUCCAGCAGAGAAUGUACAACCCGAAGGUCGACCUUCUCGCUGCUGAUUGGUCGCCUUUCCACGACGUCACGUGGAUCAUGCCACUUCUCACGGAUCUCUCCGAUUGGCGAGCGAAGCUAGAUGAACUUGAGAAUGAGCUGCUAUUGACGAGCAACCACACAGAGUGUGUGUUUGUUGCCGACUUCCCUGGUUUAUACUUGGAAAACUAUAUAGAAGAGGAACUUGGGAAUGUUUCCUUGCAUGUCCUCAAGGGAAAUCUGGUUGUGGAGCAAGAGAAUAUUGGUAACGUGUCAUUGCAGACAGGAGACCAGGUUCAGAUAAAUCCUGGGGCAUUCCACUUUGUGCACACGGUGUCGGCGACGCCAUCCUGCUACAUGUACCUUUACACGAACAUGACUCUCGUUCAGCUGCAGCGUAACCUUACUGAGUUUGAGGCGAAGCUCGCAGAUGCUAACGUCACUGACGGUGCGCCUGAAGAUUUGGACGCUGUCAUGGAAGCAACCCCGGACUCAUGGCGCUACAUGGACCUACUCAUGCACAAGAACAAAUUGCAGAUGCAGAAGGGCAGGGGAAUUGUAGAUGCCGCAGGUUUAUACUGGUUUAACAAGCUCUGGCAAUUCUGGAACAGUGUUUACAUGCUGGGGCAAGCAGUCGUUUCCAUAACAACGGGGGUGCCGAUGCGAACUCUGCUUAACACAACCGGUCAUGUCUAUGGGGCGGCAGAUGAAGUAUCAUUGCCCGAUGUUUGACGUUCGUAAACCUGCGCAAAAACCAAUGACAACAAACUCGCCAUUUAUUCCUUUUUGCCAAACCAGAGGGAUAGAAAUUAUGGCAUACUUUGGUAUGGCAACAAUGAGGGCAAGUUUCACCCGACUUUCAUUUUGAGGAGAAUUGCAGUUUCCACGUGUAAGUUUUUCCUGAUGUUGUUCCACAAAAAUGUAUUUGCAUGGAUCAGUGACACCAAUCUCGGUGCUUCUGCUGCAUCUUGAAGUAAGGGUGCACUUCAACCUUGCGAUAUGUAAUACAUCCGUUGGUUUUCUUUAAUGCAAAAUAUUUGAUCUCAAUCAUCAGUACCAGUAUUAGUUAGAGCGAUAGAAAUAGAGAGAGAGAAAGAGAAAUACGUAUUUAUUAUUGGUUAUAGUGUUCGUUUUGAAUUUAAGCUUUAAAAGCUCGUAUUUAUUUUGUUAUCCGUGACGGCCAGUUGAUAACUCAGUAUUCCUUCCCUGUCAGUGUUAAUUUCCCGUUGUAUUUCAAAUUAAAAUUUAAUCUAUUGUAUUAUAUCGAACAGCCAAAGUAAUGUCUUUAUAAUGUAAUGAUUAAUUAAUUAUUUAUAAAUGUCCAAAAUAAUAAAAUAUAUAAUUAAUAGAUGUUUGUAUAAUGUAGUCACCAGACAAGUUAGUAUUUUGAUUUUGACAUUUUGAUCUAGUGAGUGAUUUUAAGAGAUCUGUGUUGUUUCUUCCAGCUCAACUGCUGUAAAAUGGGAAAUUAUUUUAGUAAUACAACCUUUACGUAGCAGUUAUCGAUACAAGGUACACUGUCUGUGCCUGAUACUCAUUAAGACGAUAUAUUUUGUUCCAUAGUGUAUUAAAAGAGUAGUAUAUAUGUGUAAUUAUCACAUAGUUAGUAAAGUUGAACGUAACAGCUAGCCUGGUGUGAGAAGUGUAAACAUCAAUUUCGUAUUUACUUGACCAUCACAGAAUUGAUCAACCAAAAUUGCCAUAACUUUUCGAUUCUGAUACACAUCUAUGCUGUGGGUAUGUAAUUCUGCAUGCCAGAAAUUUUAUUGACAAUAGUCUAUUUUAAAUGUGUUCCCGAUUGUUUCUGCUACAUUAAACAGUAGUUUUUCAGCUGCAAUGCAGUAAUUGAUACGUACCACCAUUUAUGUUCUUUGUAACCUGCUUUAAUUAUUACGCGUUUUAGAACAUACCAUGUUGCUUAGUUUGUAGAAUAUGUGAUUAUACUUAAGGGGAAUGUUCAUUGGCAUAAUUCUAGUAAUCUAACUGCUAAUAAGAUUAUGGUAAUAUGUUAAAUUAAAAGGUACAGUUUCCAUCUUUUAUAUUAAA